AUGCAAAGGUAUCAUCCUACCAACUGCACUAGUGCAGUCAACAAUAGCGCUAUAGGUGGUGCAUCCGCUAGGGAUUCAGGACGAGCUGAUUCCUCUUCGAUUGGAAACUACCCACUAAACUCCAGGCAUGUCUUUAGAAAGAAGAGGCCACAACCAUUGACACCCUACAAGUUGAAGUGUGAAAAGGACGGUCUCAAUUCCCGACUAGGACCGCCUGAUUUUCAUCCUCCAACAUCAAGUUCCCCCGAAGAGAAUCUGACCAAAGAGUAUGUUCAAUUUGGAUACAAAGAAACUGUUGAUGGGCUUAAGGAAGCCGACGAGAUUAUAUUGACCCAGGUCCAUACUUUUUCAAAGCCUGUUGUCUUAAAAUGCAGAGAGUCUGUCAGAAAGUGUCAAAGAGCUAUCAAUGAGUCUCGUGCGCUGAAGCGCAAGGCUGGUCAGGUUUAUGGGGUGCCUCUCUCUGGUUCGCUUCUAUGUAAGCCUGGAUUUCCAGAACAACGAUCAUGUGGGGAGGAGACGAAGAAAAAAUGGAUCGAGAGUUUAUCACAACAUCACAAACGAUUGCGCUCUUUGGCUGAUAACAUUCCUAUAGGAUAUAAGAGAAAAUCCUUAUUUGAAGUGCUUGUAAGGAACAAUGUCCCAUUACUGAGAGCUACCUGGUUUAUAAAAGUGACUUAUCUUAAUCAGGUGCGACCUAGUUCUGCUGCUAUUUCUUCAGGAACAUCUGACAAGUCACAAACUACUCGUUGUGAGCAAUGGACAAAAGAUGUUAUUGAAUAUUUGCAAUACCUCUUGGAUGAACUUUUGUCACGGAAUAGUUCAUAUCCUGCUCAGCAAACUAGAGAUAGGUCACCACAGAUGCUUUAUACAGGAUCAAUGCAAAAGAUUAGUCCAGCAUCAGCAAGCCAUUACGGUGAGGAAACAUCUCUGUAUUUUAAAUGGUGGUAUAUGGUGCGUCUUCUACAGUGGCACCAUGCUGAAGGGCUUCUUUUUCCUAAUCUCAUUGUUGAUUGGGUUCUCAGGCUCUUACAGGAAAAGGAGGUCUUUGAAAUUUUGCAGUUGCUACUCCCCAUUGUGUAUGGUGUUUUAGAGAGCAUUGUUCUUUCUCAGACAUAUGUACAGAGUCUUGUAGCUAUUGCUGUCCGUUUCAUCCAGGAACCUGCCCCUGGUGGAUCUGAUCUUGUUGAUAACUCUCGAAGAGCUUAUACUCUCUCUGCGCUAAUUGAGAUGGUUCGCUACUUGGUACUUGCUGCACCAGACACAUUUGUUGCUUCAGAUUGCUUCCCUCUACCUCCUUCCAUAGCAGCAUGUGGACCCAAUGAUGUGAGCUAUGCAUCAAAGGCAUAUGAGAAUCUGGAAAAGCUGAGAAGUAAUUCUGCAGAGAAUUCUACUCAGUUUCAAGGGAGAGGAGUUGAUUCCCGGUUUGAGUUCCUUUCUUUUGAUUAUACCAUUUCAACCAUUCAAAGAAGUGCAGAUGAUUUGGCAAAGAUAGCUAGCGCUGGUUAUCCUCAACAUAACGUGGCUAAAGCUGUUCAGGCCUUGGAUAAAGCUCUAUCGGAUGGAGAUAUAAGAGCUGCUUACUGUUAUCUCUUUGAAGAUCUUUGCAAUGGAGCUGUUGAUGAGACCUGGAUGGCUGAAGUCAGUCCAUGCUUAAGAUCAUCCCUUAGAUGGAUUGGGGCGAUUAGCACAUCCUUUGUUUGCUCCGUUUUUUUCCUUAUUGAAUGGGCGACGUGCGAUUUUAGGGAUUUCCGGGCUGGUGUGCCUAAAGAUAUCAAGUUCUCUGGCAGAAAAGAUUGUUCUCAGGUGUAUUUAGUUAUUCAACUUCUGAAGCAAAAAAUUCUGGGUGGAGAAUUUGCAGCUCGCAUAGGAAAGAACCGUCGCAGCAAUUUUCUUGGUAUUUCUAAACCUGGCAGUUCGAUGGAUGCAUUUGAAAGUCCGGGCUCAUUACAUGAUAUCAUAGUCUGUUGGAUUGAUCAGCAUGAGAUACACAGGGGAGGAGCAAAGCGCUUGCAGUUACUUAUUUUUGAACUUAUACGUUCUGGAAUCUUUAAUCCCAUAGCAUACGUGAGACAACUCAUAGUUAGUGGGAUGAUCGAUGUGAUUCAACCUGCAGUUGAUCCUGAAAGGAGAAUGAGGCAUCAUCGCAUAUUGAAACAGCUACCUGGGUGUUUUGUACAUGACACCUUAGAGGAAGCACAGCUCUUAGUAGGGGAGAAACUUUCUGAGGCUGUGAGAACUUAUUCAAAUGAACGGCGCCUUCUUCUUCGAGAGUUGGUUGUUGAUAAAGGUAAAUACUUGAAUAAUUUAGUUCUGUCAGAUCAUAAGUCAAAGAAAAAUUUCACUUCCCUUCCGCCGGUUGAUUUGUCAAGAACGGGUAAUGCCAUGGCCGAUUAUGAGGGACUUCGGAAACAUACCAAGAGCAAUGUGGAUAUUAGAGAGCUAAAGGAACGCAUAUCAGCUCUGCUACAGUUUCCUGGUAUGUCAUGUGGUGUAACAAAUCCAGUGCAAGAUGAAUUUCAGAGUAGUGUUAAGGGAUCAAGUGGAUCUGUGUAUAGCAAGAUGGAUCAACCAGAAGCUACACCAGGGUGUGAAGACUGUAGAAGAGCGAAAAGAACAAAAAUGAAUGAUGAAAAGAGCUCUUGCUAUCAAGGGAAUUCUCCAAUAGCAUCAGAUGAAGAAGAUAACUGGUGGAUCAAGAAGGGAUUGAAAACUCUGGAGCCUUCUCUGAAGGUUGAUCCUCCGAUAGAGUUAACUAAACAAGUACCACGGGGUAGGCAAAAGAUGGCACGUAAGACACAGUCGCUGGCUCAACUACAAGCUGCUAGAAUUGAAGGUAGCCAGGGCGCUUCAACAAGUCAUGUUUGUGAUAAUAAAGUAAGCUGUCCUCAUCAUGGUCCUGGAGUGGAAGGAGAGAACCAUAAGGUGGUUGAUGUGUUUAGAACUUCUAUCCCUGUGGAUAUUGUAUCUGUUGGAAAUUCUUUGAAGCAGCUACAGCUUGUUGAUAAGCGGUCUAUUGCAGUUUGGCUUACAACUGUGGUUCGGCAACUUGUUGAAGAGUCUGAAAAGAGCAGUGUAAAAGUUGGGCAGUUCAAUAGAGGUGCUCCAGUUGGAGAGAAGAGCACAAUUAGGUGGAAGCUUGGGGCAGACGAGCUUUCUUCCAUAUUAUUUCUCAUGGAUAUCUCUCUUGACUUGGUUUCAGUGGUUAAAUUUCUUCUUUGGUUAUUGCCAAAGGCCAACAGUAGCCCAAGUUUUGCCGUUCAGGGUGGGAGGAACCUUCUAAUUGUGCCAAGGAAUGUUGAAAACAUGUGUGAAGUAGGGGAGGCUAUUCUAGUAUCAUCACUUAGGAGGUAUGAAAACAUUCUACUUUCAGCAGAUCUUGUUCCCGAGGCCAUGACAGCUUUGAUGGCCCGUGUUGCAUCACUUAUGUCGAGUAACGGAAAAAUUUCUGGAUCAGCAGCCUUAGUUUAUGCUCGCUAUAUUUUGAAAAGAUAUGGGAGUCUUCCCAGUGUAGUGGAAUGGCAUAACAAUUUCAAAGCAACAUGCGAAAAGAGGCUUCUUUCUGAACUUGAUCAUACACGAUCAGGAAAUGGAGAGUAUGGAAUCCCCCUUGGGGUUCCAGCAGGAGUAGAUAAUCCGGAUGAGUAUUUACGUAAAAAAAUCAGCAUCAGCGGUUCACGACCUUCAAGGGUGGGUUUGAAUAUGCGAGAGGUUGUGCAACGACAUGUUGAAGAUGCGACUCAUUAUCUCAGAAAACUCAUUGGUACUGGUACUAUGAAAGCCUCACUUGCUGAGAAAAAAGAUGAUGGGUAUCAGGUGGCUCAACAAAUUGUAGUUGGACUAAUGGACUGCAUUAGACAGACUGGCGGUGCAGCUCAAGAGGGUGAUCCUUCUUUGGUUUCUUCUGCGGUUUCUGCAAUCAUAAACAGUGUAGGCUUAUCCAUGGCAAGGAUUUCAGAUUUCUCUGUAGGAAAUAUUUAUCAGAAUCAUCCGUCUGGCGUAGAUUCAUCUAAUAUUGCACGAUACAUAUUGCAAAUCCACAUAACCUGCCUCUGCCUUCUAAAGGAAGCUCUUGGAGAGCGUCAAAGCCGAGUGUUUGAAAUAGCGCUUGCAACAGAAAGUUCCACUGCUCUUGCUGGAGCUUUUGCCCCUGGGAAGGGAUCCCGGGGACAGUAUCAGCUAUCUCCGGAAUCCUAUGAUUCAAAUGCGAACAACUCGACAAAUGAUAUGCCAAACGGUUCUGGCAAAAUACCGCUGAGCAGAGCAACAAAAAUUUCUGCAGCUGUAUCUGCACUUGUUAUAGGUGCUAUCACACAUGGCGUUAUAACCCUUGAGAGGAUUGUUGGUCUACUGAGACUAAGGGACUACUUAGAUUUUGUUCAGUUUGUAAGGCGUACAAAAUCGAGUUCUAACGGCAGUGCUAGGUCUGUGGGAGCCUCUAAAGUGGAAAACCCUAUUGAAGUUUAUGUACAUUGGUUCAGACUCCUUGUUGGUAACUGCAAAACUAUUUCGGAAGGGCUGGUUUUGGAGCUUGUGGGAGAAUCUUCAGUGGUGGCUAUAUCACGUAUGCAGCGCAUGCUUCCGCUGAAGUUGGUCUUCCCACCAGCGUAUUCAAUUAUUGCCUUUGUUCUAUGGAGGCCGUUUGUUUCUAAUGGUAACUCUAACUCCAGUGUACAUGAAGACACUCAACGCCUUUAUCAGUCUUUGACAAUGGCCAUACAUGAUGUGAUUAAACACCUUCCUUUCCGAGACGUGUGCUUGAGAGACACCCAGGGACUUUAUGAACUGAUAGUUGCAGAUUCCACAGAUGCUGAAUUUGCGUCGGUACUUGAGUCGAAUGGUUUGGAUAUGCACUUGAAAUCUGUGGCUUUUGCUCCUCUUCGUGCGCGCUUGUUCCUAAAUUCCAUAAUUGAUUGUAAGGUGCCAUCCUCUGGUUAUUCCCACGAAGGAGUUAGUGAAGCAAAAAGCAGAUACCAGGGAAAUGGGACAAAGCUUGUGGAUAAGCUCGUAUCUGUACUAGAUUGCCUGCAACCUGCUAAGUUUCACUGGCAGUGGGUUGAACUCAGGCUGCUUCUAAAUGAGCAAGCACUAACUGAGAAACUCGAAAAUCACGAUAUGCCUUUGACAGAUGCGAUACGAUCAUCCUGUCCUACCUCUGAGAAGCCUGAUGCCUCUGAAAAUGAGAAAAAUUUCAUUCAAAUCCUCCUCACAAGGUUAUUGGUUAGACCUGAUGCGGUCCCACUUUUUUCAGAGGUAGUUCAUCUUUUCGGUAGAUCGGUUGAGGAUUCAAUGUUGAAGCAAGCUGAAUGGUUUCUAGCAGGUCAAGAUGUUCUUUUUGGACGAAAAACAAUCAGACAAAAAUUGAUUUUAGUUGGUGAAAGCAAAGGACUUCCCACGAAACCUCAGUUUUGGAAACCUUGGGGUUGGUGCAACAACUCCAGUUCCGAUCGUAUCACGGCAAACAAGCAAGGGAAGAAAAGAAAGUUGGAAGUUAGUUCUAUCGAAGAAGGGGAAGUGAUCGAAGAGGGGUUGGGUUCAAAAAAGGUGUUAUUACCCCGGGCAUUAGAUGAGAGUAGUCUCAGUGUUGGCUAUGGGAUUACAACUGAGAGGGCUUUUGUUCAGCUGGUGCUUCCAUGCAUAGACCAAAGCUCUGAUGAAUCUCGAAGUACCUUUGUUAAUGAGUUGGUAAGACAGUUUAGCAAUAUUGAGCAGCAGUUAAGCUCACUUACCAACCGCAGUACAACAAACAACAAGCACAUCGGAACUGCUUCUUCUGGGUCUGAGGUUUCAUCAAAUAAAGGAAGUACCCGAAAAGUCCUUCGUGGAGGUGGUAGCCCUAGUUUGGCAAGAAGAUCCUCAACCAACACUACUGACACUGCGCCACCGCCUUCCCCUGCUGCUUUGAGAGCUUCUAUGUCUUUGCGGUUGCAAUUUCUUUUAAGAUUACUGCCUGUCAUCUGCGGGGAAACUUCGUUUAGGAAUACGAGACAUGCACUUGCGUCUACAAUAGUUCGUCUGCUUGGAAGCCGAGUAGUUUAUGAAGAUUCUGCUGUAUGCUCUCCUCCUCGUAGUGACCUAUCAAAGGCAGAGACAGAAUCAACAAUAGAUCCUUCUUCCAUGGCUGAUUUUUCUAGCGAAGUCUUAUUUGACCGGUUACUGUUUGUACUCCAUGGGCUGUUGAGCAAUCACCAGCCAAAUUGGCUAAAGCCAAGGCCUUCCUCUAAUGAAUCAUCCAAAGACUUUACCUUGUUUGAUCGCGAUGCAGCAGAGAGCUUACAGAAUGAUCUUGCACGGAUGUCGUUACCAGACACCAUUAGAUGGCGAAUCCAAGCUGCGAUGCCAAUCCUCCUUCCUUCCCUACGCUGUUCUCUCUUGUGCCAGCCACAUUCUGUUCCUCCAACCGCACUCCAACUUGUUCAGCCCACAGGAUCUGCUGCUGCUGGACCCAAUCAAAGACAUUCCCCUUCUAUACCGAAAACCGGAACUGCAGCAGCGCAAGGGAAGCUGAAGCAGACACUGUUGUCGCCACCUCAACAACAAGAAGUAGACAACACAGACGUGGUUGACCCAUGGACGCUUUUGGAAGACGGGACAAGUUCAGGUCCAUCAAGCAGCAACACGUCAAACAGCAGCGACAUGUCCAAUCUCCGAGCCACCUGUUGGCUGAAAGGCGCAGUGAGGGUUAGACGGACUGAUCUGACUUACAUUGGCUCAGUGGACGACGACAGCUGA